AUGAGGGCUUUUGUGGUUUUUUGCUGUCUUCUGAGCUCUGUACUCAGCCAGAAGCUUUUCAAUGGUGACCAGGUGUUGCGUAUCACUGCUGACAGUGAGGAACAGCUUGGUUUUUUGGAGGAACAGUACAAUCUGGUGAAAGGAGACUUGCAGCUGGACCUGUGGCGUGAGCCAGUCAGAGGGUCCCCUGUGAUGGAUGUCCGUGUUCCCUUUGAGAGCCUUCGGCGUGUGAAAGCCUUCCUCCAGGCCCACUCACUCCGGUAUGAGGUCAUGAUCGACAACGUGCAGGCUCUCGUGGAUAAAGAGAAGGAGGCAAUGGCUCGCUCUCGUCGAAGGGAAAGGGAAAUGGGCAGCUUUGACUAUGGUUCCUAUCAUACACUGGAGGAGAUUAAUGCCUGGAUGGACAACUUGGUGGCUGAGAACCCAAAGCUGGUCUCCAAAAUCACCAUUGGACAGUCAUAUGAAACACUGGGAUCUGGACUGCAAAGAAGGCAUGCAGCUCUCACCUAGAUGGGUCAAAACAAUAUUGUGGAAGAUUACGGUCAGGACCCCUCAGUGACUGCACUGUUAGAUAAGAUGGACAUCUUUUUUGAGAUUGUUGUGAACCCUGAUGGUUAUGUCUUCACCCACACCUCAGACCGUAUGUGGCGCAAAACCAGGUCGAUCAACAUAGGUUCAGACUGUAUCGGAGUUGACGCAAACAGAAACUUUGGUGCACAUUUUGGAGGUCCCGGCUCCAGCAGUGACCCCUGCUCUACAACGUACAGAGGGCCCUUCGUGCACUCUGAGUCGGAGGUCAAAGCCAUUGUGGAUUUUAUCCUUGACCACGGCAACUUCAAAGCCUUAAUCACCAUUCACAGCUACUCACAAAUGCUGAUGUAUCCCUAUGGGUAUACCGACACACUUCCUCCUAAUGCUAAUGAACUGCAUGAUGUAGCCAAGCGUGCGGUGGAUGCCCUCGAGAGCCUUCACGGGACCAAGUACACAUACGGAAGCAUGAUCUCCACUAUUUACCCAGCCAGUGGAACCACAGCAGAUUGGGGCUAUGCCAGUGGACUGAAGUACUCUUACACCUUUGAGCUGCGGGACACUGGCCUCCAUGGCUUCCUGCUGCCAGCAGAGCAAAUCCUUCCCACGGCCCAGGAGACCUGGCACGCUCUACUGACUAUCAUGGAGCAUGUGCGAGACAACCCAUACUAACAACCUGUGUGAACCUUAACCCUAUAUGUAUUUCUGAUUUCAGAAAUAAAG